AUUUACUAUCCCUAGCAACUGUGCUUCUUUGUUUUCUCUCUGCAAAAAAAAUCUCCACCGAUCAGGUUUGGAUUGUAGUUCAUAUUGAAGCAUAAAGACCGUUGUUAAUAUCAGCCGAAAUGUCGAGAAAAGGUUUGAUGGAGCAAGACUUAAGUAAACUGGACGUAACUAAGUUGCAUCCGUUAUCUCCAGAAGUUAUAUCGCGCCAAGCUACUAUAAAUAUAGGCACCAUAGGGCAUGUGGCGCAUGGGAAGUCGACAGUUGUUAAAGCAAUAUCUGGCGUUCAGACUGUUCGUUUUAAGAAUGAGUUGGAGCGUAAUAUUACUAUCAAGCUUGGAUAUGCAAAUGCAAAGAUAUACAAAUGUGAAGAUGAACGGUGCCCUCGUCCUAUGAGCUUCAAGGCAUACGGAAGUGGAAAGGAGGAUAGUCCUCUUUGUGACGUGCCUGGCUUUGAAAACUGCAGGAUGAAAUUGUUGAGACAUGUAUCUUUUGUAGAUUGCCCGGGUCACGACAUUCUCAUGGCUACAAUGCUUAAUGGAGCAGCGAUUAUGGAUGGUGCAUUACUUCUCAUAGCUGCCAACGAAAGCUGUCCUCAACCUCAAACUUCUGAGCAUCUGGCAGCUGUUGAAAUCAUGCGACUCCAGCAUAUUAUAAUUCUUCAAAACAAGGUUGAUCUUAUUCAAGAGAAUGUAGCCAUCAAUCAGCAUGAAGCAAUUCAGAAAUUUAUUCAGGGCACUGUAGCUGAUGGCGCACCAGUGGUACCGAUUUCUGCACAGCUAAAAUAUAACAUUGAUGUUGUGUGCGAGUACAUUGUUAAGAAGAUCCCCAUUCCUGAGAGAAACUUCAUCUCACCCCCUAACAUGAUUGUCAUCAGAUCAUUUGAUGUCAAUAAGCCAGGGUUUGAGGUGGAUGAGAUUAAAGGUGGCGUUGCUGGUGGAAGUAUACUCCAGGGUGUUUUGAAGGUGAACCAAUUUAUUGAAGUUCGUCCUGGGAUUGUUGUUAAGGAUGAAAAUGGGAACAUCAAAUGCACACCUAUCUAUUCCAGAAUAGUCUCACUAUAUGCAGAACAAAAUGAGCUACAAUUUGCUGUUCCCGGAGGCCUGAUCGGUGUUGGAACAACUAUGGACCCAACUUUAACACGUGCUGAUCGGUUGGUGGGUCAAGUCCUAGGAGAGGUUGGGUCACUCCCAGACGUUUUUGUUGAGCUUGAGGUAAACUUCUUCCUUCUUCGAAGGCUUCUUGGUGUUAGGACGAAGGGAUCAGAAAGGCAGGGAAAAGUGUCAAAGCUGGCCAAGGGAGAGAUCCUAAUGUUGAACAUCGGGUCCAUGUCGACUGGGGCUCGGGUCAUAGCCGUAAAGAACGAUUUGGCAAAGCUGCAACUCACAUCUCCUGUGUGCACCAGCAAGGGAGAGAAGAUUGCACUAAGUCGACGCGUGGAGAAGCACUGGCGUCUAAUAGGAUGGGGUCAAAUUCAAGCUGGAACAACCCUCGAGGUUCCACCCUGUCCGCUUUGAACAACCACCGAACUGAUAAUCAGGUAACAGAAAACUAAAACAUCAGUUCAAGGAAAAAAAGAGACGCUUAAGUAAGGAAUUUUUUAGGGUGUUUAGAUGUGGGGACAGAAAGAUAAUAUCAUGGUACUGUUUUUGUCAAGUGGAGAAGAAAACAUUGUUUUGAUAAUUUUUGUCAUUGUUUGUUGUAUUGUGGGAAACAUGGAAUUUUGUACGAGGCUAUUGUUUGUCAUGCAAACACUGUUGAAAUUGAGAGAGAUAUCUAUUUGACUGAA